UGGAUCAGGUCAGAGCAGGUAAGCAGAUGACAUUUCACCUGACAAGAACGGUGGCUCAGUGGAAAGCUGCGUGUGUGUGAUUGAUUGCUACAGUGACAUUUCCCCGUUUCGCUGAAACUGUCAGUUUUAUUUGUACAUACUGGCUGCCCGUUGAUGAAAAUGUAUUCAACAUUUUCUCCAGUUUUGUCUUUGAUUUUUAGAAAAGCAACAGUCUUCUAUACCAUGCACAUGAUUCUUAUAUGCAAUUGUACUUGAUUUGUAAAAAUUAUAUUUCUGAAUGUAUGACUCUCUGUGAAAUGAUUGUUGUCCUUACAAGGGAAUUGGGGGAUUAGUGGGGAGAGAAGGAAAGAGAGAGAGAGAGAGAGAGAGAGAGAGACAGAGAGGGUGAGAGGAGAGAGGUAGAGGAGAGAGCAGCAUCUGUUACUAGGAAAACUCCUACUGUUGUGUCACUGGGAAACCUGCAAGCAGAUGUGAUGUUGGAGUGAUGCAGACACUGGACACUGGACACUGAGGCUGAUGCUCAGAACCUGAACACGGAAUAGAGGCGUUUUGCUCAAAAGAUGGUGGGACUAAGGAACUGCUCCACAUGGGAACCAUUGCUACUCAAGGCCUCCUGCAUCAAGUCCUGCGCCAAUGGCUGCUCCCUGGGCAUCACUGCACACCUUACCUAUGCUAAUGCUGCCUUAGAGUCCAUAGAAGGUGUUUUUGUGUAUCCUCUCGGGGAAAAGGAGGUCGUGGUGGGCUUUGAGGCGGUGAUAGCGGGCCGGUUGGUGGGGGUCCAGAUACAGCGCAGAGGAAAGCUUAAGGACUGCUGUUUGGAUUGCUGCCCAGGAUCUGGUCUUGAAGGCCACUGUGGGAAUGGCCCACAGUGGGGCUGCUGUGGGAGCUCCAGCCUUGACAUGCAAUGCACCAACGGACAUCUCAUCUUGGACGAAGACCUUGAAAGAACCACCUUCAUCGUGGGCACAGGCGUCAUUGGCCCCAUGGAUAUAGUGUCCGUUAUCAUCAGCACCACACUAGAACUCCCCACAUUAGAAAAUGGAGCAAUCAGCAUUGUGUACCCCACAUUGCUGACACCAAUCGUCACUGGCCAGAUAACCCAAAACAAGAGUGAAAAUGGGGGGAAAUCUGAAGAAACCGGACAAACCAGCUGUUUUGGUGCCACCUCAGGAAAACCAGACAAGGCCCUGGAGUCUGAGCAGCAGUGUGCCUAUUCCAUCUUCACCAGUCCUGCUGCCAACCUGGCACCUUAUGAACUCAACUUCCAGCUACUGGUCAGAGGGGCCUGCCUACUAGCCGGACUGGAGAGCCCCACUCACGCUCUGAGGGCAGAUGCAGACCCCAGUGCCCAAAGUGCCUCUUCGACCUACAUCACUUUGGCACAGGAGCAUCCAUUUGACAGACACAUAGAGAUCAUUCUGCACCUCAGUGAACCUCACAGCCCGUUGGUCAUAUUAGAGAGAGGCAGGCUUUCAUUCAGCCAGUAUGAACAGCAAAUCUACUCCCGUCGGGAUUUCAUCCGCUGCAUUCACAAAGAUUCACAACCCGAGAGAAAGCUGGAAUUUGUGAGGAAGCGAUACCACAAGGACAUUCUGAGCAGCCCCGUGUUGAUGCUCAAUUUCUGUCCCGACCUGCUGCGGGAGCCUCUGGAGCUGCACAAAGCCACCCGAGAGCUGCUGUUCCUCGUUGACCGCAGUGGCAGCAUGAGUGGCACCGCCAUCCGCCAUGUGAAGGAUGCCAUGGCGGUGGCAUUGAAGAGUCUCCCUCCCGGCACCAUGCUCAACGUCGUGGGCUUUGGGACCACCAUCAAGCCACUGUUCACCUCCAGCAAGCUCUGCACUGAUGUGACUGUGAUGCAGGCAUUCGAGUACAUCCAGAGGAUGAGAGCUGACAUGAGAGGCACUAAUCUGCUGGGGGCGCUGUCCUGGGUGUACCAGCAGCCGAUGCAGCGUUCUUAUCCUCGCCAGGUCUUCAUCAUCACAGAUGGAUCCAUCAGCAAUGUGGCUAAGGUGAUGGAGCUGGUCCGGAGAAACACAUGCUCUGGCAGAUGCUUUGGCCUCGGCCUUGGUCCUCGAGCCUGCAGGAGACUUUUGCAGGGCGUUGCCAAACUGACAGGAGGGACUACGGAGUUCUUGGCUGAUGAGGAGCGACUUCAGCCCAAGUUGAUAAAGUCUCUGAAAAAGGCCUUUGAACCUGUGCUGACUGACGUACGGAUUGACUGGUAUCUGCCAGAGAACAUGGAAGCUUUUCUUUCACCCAAUGAAAUCCCUCCGCUCUACCCUGGGAAUCAUCUAAUUGGAUAUUGCACUCUAUAUGACAUGACAAAUAUCAAACAAAAAAGCACACAGGUAUAUGUAACUACAUUCUUUCAAAGAACGCCUGUGUGUGUCUGCAUUGACGAGCAGAUCUCUAAUCUGAGUAUUUUACAGUCUCAAGGACGGGGCUAUGAUGGUAUAAACCGUAGCUCCAUGGGUUCAGUUUUCGGAGAGUCAAAUGAUGAGCUCUCACCUCCCCAUGCCUCCGAGUUUUUGCCAGUGGUGACAUGUGCAGAUGGCCCCAACCUGGAGGAGGCACUGAGGGAGAUUUCCAGGGAGAUCUCCACUGAGUUCUCCUGCGCCAGAAACACGGAUCCUGGGACCAGUCCAGGUGUGGAGCUAGACUGGUCCAGUGACGUGAGGAGGAGGAUCCAGGAGAGCUCAUAUAUCCAGGAGCAGUAUGUCCUCACUCGCUGCUCCCUCAGUAGUGAGCGGAGUCUACAAACGCAGUCCCACUUGCACAUACACGCCUCGUCCAACUCUGACUCGGCGGGCGGGGUCUUUCUCGCCAACCCUCACUCCACUGGUUCAGUGCUGGAUACUGGGUCUCUACCCCAAGGCCUUGAAAAGAUGCCCCCUCCAGAACAGAGAUCAUCCCUGUCCCGCUGGGCAGACUCUGCAUGGCAGCAAAACCUCUCCACAGAAACCCCUGAUAACGAAAAGAGUGGGCGUCUCGGGGGGGCGGGGGACUCUCGUAAGAGGCAUAAAGUACUUGCCCGCUCGACCAUGGCAGCGCGGAGUUUCUCGUCCCCCCAGGGCGAGCUGGAGAUGCAUCGCCUCAGGAGAGCUCUGGAGAGGGUCUCCUUCGACCAAACGCUAGGAGGGCGACUGGACGAAAGCGACGGGGAGACGAAGCCCCCGUCAGGAGGCACGCUGUCACGCCGAAGCCUCACCGACUCGAAUGGACUGCUGUUCCCGGCUUCUCCUCUGGACUGGGACAGCUUCACAGACCCGGAGUACCUCUUCACGGCUGCACCAGCCGAGCAUCCUCCACCAGGUCAAUGCCGCUCGCUUAUCCACGGCCUGCUGAGCGGCAGACCGGUGUCCUGGGAGGUCACCGUGGACCUGGGGCACCUCUGGACCCCUGGGGGCCAGGAGGCACUAAGGGUGGAGGGAUGUGGAGGAGAAGGAGACGAAGAAGGAAGAGGAGGAGAAGCAUGGGAUGAGAUCAUUCACCAACUGACUGCUCGCUCAGUGAUUAGGGACUUUGAGAAAAUGGCAGAGAAGGAUAGCGACUGUGGACAAGGUUCAGCAAAGCGAUACCGCAUGAAGGCUAUCCAGACCAGUAAGCAUUGUAACAUCAUCUGCAUGUACACGGCCUUCACUGCCACCAAUAGCAACCCCAACAAAGGCUUGCAGGACAGCAUGGACGUCCAAAACACAGGGAUGCACCUGGUGAACAGCCAGAGUUCCCGGUCAGGCAGUCGCAGGCAGAGGGCGUGUUCUGCCGGCUUGGGGAGACGGCACACCAGCGGAGACGGUAAAGAGAUGGAGGACACCUGGAACUCUACAGACAGAGAUGACACCGCUGCCUCACCCUGUAGCCUUACAUCCUGGGACUCUAGUGUAGUGGGCAGCGCAUACUCCGCUACAGCCCCAGCGAUGACGGGCACACCGUGCACUCAUUCACAGCGAUCUAUCGAAAGCAAGUCAAUGGAAAGCUUCUUUGGCACCAGAUUUCCACUGGCCAGACUCAGGUCCUCUAUUUCAUCAGGAAAGCAGGUUCCUCUCAAGUCGCACUGUCUGUCUGCAGAGACCGAGAAAGCACCUGAAACCGAAGCUCCAGACUACCUUCCCUUGGUUCAACUGCAGCUGGCAUCAGGAGCUUUUCUUCUGACUGAGAUCUACUCUGACUGUGUUCAGAUCCCCUUGGACCGCCUGAAAAGGGCUUCACCCUACAGCCUGCACCGCCGCAGUCUCAGCCCGCCAUUCCGCAGCACAUCUCCCAGUGCCCCAUCUCUGUCCACCUCUAACAAGCCUUCCGCUGCUCCCACUAGCCACCAUGUAACCUUUUCUCCUUCUUCUUGCUCCCUGGCCAAACCGACCGCCCCUCCUUUCCACCACACUCCGGAUGACACUCCCUUGAUGCUGGAGCCAAGGCUACGCCGGAGACGCGCGUCCGACCGAGACCCGGUCACCUCGCCCCCUGACCUCCCCAGCUCUGAGGAAGGCUCCCUGGAGCUAUCUGUGGGACCCUCUCUGGGCCUGAGCCACGGCCAGGCGGACAGCGGUCGCGGGUCGGAGACGGAUGUGUGGGAGGGAUCCUCGAUGGAGCCGCCCGAUCCCCCGGGGAGCAGCCAGUCCGCCCAGGAGGACCUGGAAGGGUCGAGCUGGGCCACGGCUGUGGCGCUAGCCUGGCUCGAGCACCGCUGCGCCGGCUACUUCAUGGAGUGGGAGCUGGUGGCAGCGAAGGCGGACUACUGGCUGCGGUGUCAGGAGCUGCCCGAGGGGGUGGACCCGGCAGGGCUGAAGGGAGCUGCUAGACAGCUGUUCCUGCUGCUGCGCCACUGGGACGAGAACAUUAAGCUCAACAUGUUGUGUUAUAACCCCAAUAACAUGUGA